GGGCAGCUACUGAAGCCCUGGAGAUGAGAAGGCCAAGAGUUCUUGCCCACCUUGAAACCCCUUCACUACUGGGCUGGAGGAGCUUUUCGAAGUCUCUGUGCUCCCCUGAGGGGAGAGAGGUUGAGCAAGCGGUUUGGGUGGGAAAAGAGAACUGGAGGAAGUUGACAGGGAUGGGCGGGGCCGUGGGGGGGCUGACCAGGAACCCAGCUUCCUGCUUAGUACCCAGACAUCCAGCCCCCGGCUCACCCCCACCCCUUCAAGCCCCCACUCCCCUCAGGAACUCAGGGUUCCGGCCCUCCUCCAAAUCCUUGCUACCCCUCCCCCGUUGGUUUCUCCCCUCCAGGGGAUGGAGGCUGAGAGACCCCAGGAAGAAGAGGAUGGUGAGCAGGGCCCCCAUCAGGAUGAGCAAAGCUGGCCCCCUGUGAACACCACCACUCGGCCUUGGCGAUCUGCUCCUCCAUCCCCUCCUCCAGGGACCCGCCUCACAGUCCCCAUCCCUCACCCCCUGCCAAUUUCUCUGAGCCCUCCCCCUCCUCUCUCAGCCCCGGGACGCCGCUCGGCCUCCCUCCUCUCCCUGCAGACUGAGCUCCUUCUGGACCUGGUGGCUGAGGCUCAGUCCCGUCGCCUAGAGGAGCAGAGGGCCACCUUCCAAGCUCCCCACAAUCCCCCAAGACUAGCCCCAGCCCCAUCCUGGCCUCCUGAAGACAGAGAACAGCUCUACAGCACCAUCCUCAGUCACCAGAGCCAGCGGAUUGAAGCCCAGCGGUCAGAGCCUCCCCUACCGCCAGGGGGACAGGAGCUCCUGGAAUUGCUGCUGAGAGUUCAGGGUGGGGGUAGAAUGGAAGAACAAAGGUCCCGGCCCCCCACACACAUGCGUGCUGAGACUUGAGUCCCUACCAGUCCCUGGGCACUCACUCCUGAGGCUCAAAGCUGGGCAGCCCCAUACAUACCCUCAACCCUGCUUGGCAGGGGCACCAGAGACUGAACCCAGCAGAAAUCUCAAUACUCAUCACCCUUAUUCACACUCCCUGGGAAGUGGAGGGGGUGAGAGUCCUCAAACCCUGGGAAUAAUCAAGGUAGGAUAGUCAUUUAAAUCUCUCCCUGAGUACAUGGGAGCUCAAGGCAGCAAGAGGAUCCCAGCCGCCAAAGGACACCCCAUCGUGACUCUAAUCUCAAGGAGUGGCUUGGAGCCUUGGUACUGAGCUGAGGGGACACUCUCAGUAGCCAAGCCAACAGGCAGGAUCUGAGGGCUCAGGCCUCCAAUUCUCAAGAAAAGGCCAAUUUCCUAAGGUUGUGACCUGAGGGACAGUUCCACCCUCUUUCCCAAAAAGAAGAAAGGGAGGGCGGCACUGCAAAGAAAUAGAGACUAUUCUCCCACUCCCACGACCAGCACCCAGCCCCGGGACCAGGGGGCCUGCAGGCUGUGAAUGGACGCAGCCCUAACCACCGUCCCUCUCCACUACUGCUCCGCGUCUGUCUGAUGUUUCGGUUGUAUGAAUAAAUGUGACUCCCCUCUGGA